AUGGAAAACAAGCUUCCAGAAGAUCAGAUGAAAUCUUUGUUGGCUCCGUGGAGAUUUUCUUGGCUGUCAAGUGGAUUUAAGAACAGGCUUGUGACAGCGCUGGAACUUUAUGAACAUUUUCCGUUAGAUAUAGCUGUCACCGGAGGAACUAAGUCAGCAAAUGCAAGGCUUGCUUCUGCUGUCUGUGGCCUGAAAGAUGAACAGGAUACAGAAGAAGAAGAAGAAGAAGAAGAGGAAGAAGAAGAGGAGGAAACCGAUGAAGCCGAAGACAAUGAUGAGCAAGAUGAUGAAGAUGAGGAAGGUGAUCUUCAAACAUCUUCAAAAAUCUGCAAUGCUAGAAAAUCCCUUGUGAGAUUUUUGGAUGAUUUUGCAGAAGAUGGUGCUGCUUCUGCUCCAGUGCUUUUACACCCUCAAGUCCCCAAUGUCCGCAUUUUGACCAUACAGGGAAGAUCUGGUCCCGCUCAGGACAGCUAUGAUGUAUUGGUGGUCCUCACAACAGAGUUGCACCAGGAAGACCAUAUGAGACUCAUCAUGGAGCAAAGUGAGAAGAACAAGUCCUUGUAUUUGGUUAAAACUGAGCAAGAAUUUGAUCUUGUUCGUGAAACACUGGAUGGACCCUGCAAGACCUGUGCAUGGGAACGAAUGAGAGCUCGCACUUUGGAGUUUCAGAAGAAACACAAAACGGAAUUUAAAUCAGCCGAGAAUUCAGAGCAGGAACAGACUUCCAAAGAUCCUGUUCCUUUACUCCAUGGUAUCAAGCUCUGGGAACCUGAAGAGAUUGCAGAAGUUUUGGUGAAAGCUAUACCUGAAUUGCGCAAAAAGGCUUUUAGUCAGUUUUUGGUGGAUAUCACAAGUGAACUUAAAGGUCCAAAAACAGGGAGUUCCGGAACUGGGCCUCUGGAAAGCUCUGUUUUAAAAUAUAGCAAGAUAAGCCAGGAAGACAUAGGCAGAAUCUCUGUGGUCUUUCAAUCCCAGGAUCUCACUGACCAACCAUCCAAGCUGCUUUCCAUUUUCAAUGCCCUGGAGUACUUCAGACUGGAUGUGGGUCUACUUGGAGAGACAGGUUGUGGCAGCUCCACGCUGUUCAACUCCCUUCUGGGCCUGAAAAAUGGGGACAAGGAAGCUUCUCCUGUUGGAUUCUUCGAAACCACAAAGAUGCCAGUGACACAUCCAUACCCAGAAUAUCACAAUGUUCUUCUGUGGGACCUGCCAGGCAUGGGAAGUGUGGACGAAUUUAACCCUGCACCUUCUAGCUCCACAUUGCCCCAUCUUCCUCAUAUACCUCCAUUAUCUCCAGUACUUUCAGCAUCUCCAAUACCACCAAUACCUCCCUGUGAUGUCUACCUCCUGGUCUCACCCCUGAGGCUAAAUCUACGAUACAUCCAGCUGUUGAAGCACCUUUUGUCACAAGGAAAAGCUUGCUAUUUAGUGUUGUCUAAGGCUGAUUUGAUUGGGGAGAAAUCAACUGAAGAAGUAAGGAGAUGGAAUGAGGAGAUUUUGGAUAAGCUAGGUCUGAAACAGAACAUCUAUCUGGUCUCUGCACUUCAUCCAGAGACCUUGGAUUUGCCCAAAAUGAAAAAAACAUUUAAUGAUACAUUAGAAAGCCAUAAGAAAGUUGCACUGGCUGAUUAUGUGGCAAAACUAUUGGAGCAGGAUGUGUUUUGGAAAAGGACUGACUCUUGCAAAGUAAACUGACUUUAUUAAUCAAUCAUUGAGGUCCUAAUGCAAAGCGAUGGUGCUUCAUACUGUCUAUCUUGAUGCGGGUGUUUGCUAAACUGUAUAAAUACACAAAUUCUAUUCAGGAAAAUGACAUGUUUGUCAUGUUGGGAGUGUGUUUGCACUGAAUCAUGUGUGUGUAUGUAUGUCUGUUUGUAGUAGAACUUCAAAGGUAGUCUAUCCAAUAUCUACAGUGAUCAGUAGCAUUUAUGUGAGUGUUUGUGUGUGAACUCAAGUGUCCUGAAAAGAGCAAAGUGCAGAACGCACUCUACUCUGGAGUAUGAUUUGCUGGCCUUUGAGCCAGCAUAAGAAGUACAGUUCAGUAGUUUGAAAAGAUGCUUUUGGUGGUAUUCAUGUUUUUAAGGAAGUGCAUGUCAAACUCAGCUGUUUACAAAUCCAGAUAUUUCUGCAGAUUGCAGUUUAUUAUCCGCUUAAUCAUUUAACCAAUACACACUUAAAAAAUAUAUAUAAUUUAUGGUUUGAGCCAGCUUUUCCAACAAUACCCUUUUUUCUGUGUGCAAUCAUUUUCCUAAUGGCAAAGGUAGAAGAAGCCAUUAUUUAUAUGACACAGGAUUACAUUAAUGCUCUUCUUCUACUACUUUAUCAUUUCCAUAUUACCAUGUUACUUUAAAAAAUGUGUUAUUAUUUCAGAAUAUAUGUAUGUUUGCUGUACAUUUUUAGAUAUGGGAAAGA